AUGCAUUUCAAUGAAUUGCUUAUACCAAGAAUUGCAUCGACUCAAGCUAAUGCAAGUGAAAAUCUGACUAAUAUUCCAGCUUCUCAGUCAGGAAGUACAGUUGGAAUCGCUAGUAAAAGAAAAGUUUCUAAGAAUGCUCUUGGAAGUAGAACUGAUGUAGGAUGGGAGCACGGGAUAUCUGUUGGAGAAGAUGGAAAGAAGAUACAAUCUGUUAGUGAUGAAGUUAAGAAGCAAAUGUGGGAUGUUGUGAGUGGGUUGCAAGUGAAUUUGAUGAAGAAAAUAAGCAUGGGUGGGGCAAGCCCAGGGGAAGCUACUAAAGAAGUUGACACUACCGGUGAAAAAAGAAAGGAAAAAGAACUAGAUGGCAACAUAUUCAAGAAAACCCGCAUUAGUACUCAAACAACAAUCAACAAUAUAUUUAAGAAUAAUUUGAGAGAGGAAGUAUGUUUAGAGAUUAGUGCUUUUUUCUACAACAAUGGCAUCCCCUUUAAUGUUUCAAGGAGCGAGGAAUACAGUAGAAUGUUUGAGAAAGCUAUAAGAUAUGGACAAGGAUUCAAGCCACCAUCUUACCAUGAAUUAAGGGUGCCUCUUUUGAAGAAACACGUGGAGCUUGUUCAACAAUCACUAGAGGAACAUAGAGCAUAUUGGAAGCAGGUUGGUUGCAUGAUGAGCGGAUAA